CCAGUUUACCACGAAUGGGAAGGGUAAAUGCGUAAAAUAGAAAGCCCUCCUGAUCGGCUGAUCGGCGAUCCUCGACUAUAUGCCAUCGGUCGUCUCUCCCCAAUCCCGUCGAAGCUCUACUCCUCUUCUAUCUCUCCCGCUCCAGAACUCCUCCGCGCCAUUUUCUGCUUUCUCUGGGUCUUCAUCUUCUCCCUCAAUUAUUCGAAACAGUCUAUAUUCUUCAAUCUCUAACCCUAAUUUCCACUUCGCCUGGCUGUGCCUUAUCUAUUUGAUCGGCGGCGCCGUGUCUUGGCUUCCCGAUAGAUGGAAUGCCACCAGAGCACAGGCUUAGAGAAAGCCUGCCGUCUCUCCAACACCAUCCACUCGGAGAUCGCUCCCUCCCUCGCGCUUCCCUCGUUACCAGUGCAUCUUGGCGCGGCGGAUCCAGCUCUCGGGCUCUUCGAGGAUGUCUCCGGACGUGGUGUAGAUGGAGACCGUCCGGAGGUCUUAGCGCAGGCUAUGAAGAUUGCGAGCUUGCUCAGGGACUGUGAUGUUAGCUAUUUAAAUUUAAACAAGGGGGCGAAGAAUUCACCGUGCAGCUCGGGUGUGGUGUCAAAGCUCUAUGAUGAGGUCAUCAAGCAGUAUCCAGCAGCGUUUGAGUGUUCUACUGCAGGUCCUUUUCAGGCUGAGCAUCUUCAACAUGAAGCAUUAGAAAAGAAACCCUUAAUGAGAAAUAUAUCUAGUACUAGUCAUGGACAUUUUGAAAAUGGGGCCACUUUAAGUAACCACAUAGGCAGCAAUUUACUUCAUGAACCAUUAACUUCUGCUAAUUCAAGCAAACUCAAAGUUAAGAAAGAAAGUGAUUCCAAGUCGUUGUCAUCAGGGCCUGGUCCUCCUAAUCUCGAAGAUAUUCUUGGUACCUUCUGUGAGAUGUUGGAAGACUUCUGCGGGAAAGCAGAAGUUUUUGAUGAUAUGGGAGGGGAAGGUGGACCAUCAAUUCCUCUUGUUGACAUAAAAAAUCUUAUUAAUGAAAUAACAUCUCCUUCUGCAAAGAAAAUCUUGCAUAUGGUUCCACCUGAAACUCUUGUAAGAGUGGUAAAUGUUCUUGAUCAACAGAUUCAAUGUGGGCAAGGUUUGUCUAUUAACGAGAAUGACAAUUCCUCCACAGAAGUUUUACCAAUGGUAUUGCAUGCUCUAGAGUCUACUCAUGCCGUUCUUGUAAUUUUGACCCAACAAGAUAUGCCAAAGCAGCUAUACAAAGAAGAGAUCAUUGAGCGGAUUGUUGACUUUUCAAGAUAUCAAAUCAUGGAGGUUAUGGCUGCUUACAACCCAUUUUACCAUACCCCUCAUGAACAAAAUGAAAAUGCUGAAUUUGACUGCGACGAGGGAGAAGAUGAUGAUAUUGAUAAUGGCUCAGUAGGCAAGAGACGGCGCAACAUGCGGACUGCAAAUGCAAGGAAAUCUACUGUAAACAGGGUUUCCUCAGCUGUUUAUCCUGUCGCUCAAAAGCUAUGUUCUAUUUUGGACUUUAUUAAGGAUCUUUUGUCAGCUGUGCGGCUAUCAGAUAGCUGUAUUUUUCAGCUAUUGAAAGCAAGCGUUUCUACUUUCUUGGUUGACAAUAUACAGCUCUUGCAGUUGAAAUCUAUCAAUUUACUUUGUGGGGUCUUUGCUUCAUACCCAGAACAAAGAGAUUUCUUGUUAGAUGAGAUACUGCACCUCUUUCCGAAAUUGCAAUUUUCAAAGCGUUCUCUCAGAGCUUACCAUUUGCCAGAUGAGGAGCAGAAGCAAAUUCAGAUGGUAACAGCAUUGCUGAUCCAUUUGGCACAAUUUGGUUUCAACCUUCCGGAUGCUACAAAAACAGCAUCAACUAUGGAUGCCAUUUCAAAUUCUUCAGUUGAUGCAGCUUGCCCCUCUAAAUGUCGUGAUGUUGCACAAAUGGUGUCAAUUGCUUUGUGGACCAAGGUUGUUGAAAGGUGUACCAAUACAAAGGCUCAGGAUUUAUCAGAAUCGAAAACUAUUUUGGAAAACCUUGUGUCAGACCUGUUGACAACUUUGAAUUUACCUGAGUACCCUGCUUCUGCUUCAAUAUUGCAGGUUCUUUGUGUUGUGCUGCUCCAAAAUGCUGGGCUUAAGUCUAAAGACAUCUCCGCACGAUGCAUGGCAGUUGAUGUUCUUGGAGCAAUUGCAGCCAGACUAAAACGUGAUUCUGCAGUUUGCAGAAGAGAGAAGCUGUGGAUUUUGCAGGAGUUGGCUGAGGGGGAGGCCGAGGCAUGUAAUGAAGGAAAAGAUUUGUGUUGCAUUUGUUUUAGUGGAAAAGGCGUAAACAUUGAUUGUGAAGUUUGUCAUAGAUGGUUUCAUGUGGAUUGCUUAGGAGCUUCUGGACAAGAAAAGUUGGUCCGUGAUUGGUCAUGCCAUGUUUGUCUUUGCAAAAAGCAGCUUAGUAUCCUGCAAUCAUACUGCAAGCCCCAAAGUACGGAAAGUAUUAAAUCCAUAAAAGGUACUGCAAAAAAUGCUUCCAAAGAAUCCGAAUCGAUUAAAACAUCUGAGAUCCUUCAACAAAUUCUCUUGAACUAUCUUGAGGAAACUGGUCAACAAGAUGAUGCAAAUAUGCUUACACGAUGGUUCUAUCUAUCCUUGUGGCACAAGGACGACACUGUAUCUCCAGAAAAGGUCAUUUACCUUAUUGCUAGGUUAAAAUCAAAAACAAUUUUGCGGGGAUCAUAUGUUGCAUUGACAUUGUCAAGAGACUGGGCUAAAAAGAUUUGCCUAGCAUUGGGACAAAACCUUUCCUUUUCUAGAGGUUUUGAUAAAAUUCUCACGCAUCUUCUGGCAAGUUUGAGGGAAGGAUCUUCUAUACUAAGAGCAAAAGCAUUGCGUGCGGUUAGCUCGAUAGUUGAAGCUGAUCCAGAAGUUUUGUGUGAUGAACGAGUCCAAAGUGCUGUAGAGGGAAGGUUUUGUGACUCAGCAAUUUCUGUUCGUGAGGCUGCUCUUGAGCUUGUUGGUAGGUAUAUUGCAUCUCAUCCGGAGGUGGGCUUGAAGUACUUCGAAAAGGUUUCUGAACGUAUAAAGGACACCGGGGUAAGUGUUCGCAAGCGGGCAAUCAAAAUUAUCAGAGAUCUCUGCACUUCAAAUACCAGUUUUUUAGAAGCAACAAAUGCUUUUAUAGAGAUGAUCUCUCGUAUCACUGAUGAAGAAUCCAGUGUGCAAGAUCUAGUUUGCAAAACCUUCUAUGAGUUAUGGUUUGAAGAGCCUUCUGAAUGCCAAACCCAAUUUGUAGGUGAUGGUAGCUCAGUUCCCAUGGAAGUUGCAAUGAAGACCGAGCAAAUUGUUGAUAUGCUAAGGAAGAUGGCUAAUCAUCACUUUCUUGUUACUAUUAUCAAGCGCAAUUUAGUACUAGAUUUCCUCCCCCAGUCAGCUAAAUCUGCAGGGAUAAAUGCUGUUUCUUUAGCGUCCGUACGCAAGCGCUGUGAGCUGAUAUGUAAACGCUUAUUGGAGAGAAUUUUGCAGGUAGAGGAAGGAAAUAUAGAUGAGGAGGAGGUCUGUGCACUUCCUUAUGUGUUAGCACUGCAAUCAUUUUGUCUUGUGGAUCCAAUGCUUUGUGCACCAGCUACCAGUCCAUCCCUGUUUGUUGUAACCCUUCAGCCAUAUCUCAAGAACCAGCUUCUGCUUGUUCUUUGGCAGCUUCAUGACAACUGGCUUAUUAAACCAUUCAACUUAUUUAGUUCAGUUCAGUACUUUAACAAAGCAGAUAUGCUUCAACGAUGGAAAUGGGCAUCGAAGCACUUAAUAAUUCUUUUGUUUACACUUCAACGAGCACUAAACUGGAUUGGACUUACAAGGAUCUUGGUGAACAAUAAAUCAGUUGCUCGUUUGCUUGAAUGUAUUAUCUCGAUUAUUGAUGCUGUCCUACCAUUGCUUCGAAAGCCACCACAAAGUGUUAUCGAGGAACUUGUACAAGACUUGAAACACAUGAUAAUUCGGCACAAUUAUUUGACCGUUGUACAUACAUGCAUCAAGUGCCUUUGUUCCCUUAGUAGAAUGACUGAUAAGGGUGCAGGUUUAGUGGAGCAUCUGUUUCAGAUUUUCUUCAGGCAUCUGUGUAAUCCCAAUUUUGAUAACAAGCAGGGAUUGGAGCGUUCUCUUUUUUGUAUUGGAAUUCUUCUUAGAUAUGGCAAUGAAUUCAUGUUCAGUAGCAAUGACCAGCAACCUCACAUUGUCCAAGGUCUUAAACUUCUUAAAAAGUACCUUGUUUUAGAGGAUUUUGGUUUGAAAGUCCGAGCUUUACAGGCACUAGGGUAUGCUUUAAUUGCUGAACCUGAGUAUAUGCUGAAGGAAGAUAUUGGGAAAAUUUUAGAGGGAUCACUAGCAUCUGAUGUUGAUCCUAGAAUCAAGAUGCAAGCAGUUCAAAACCUGUAUGAAUAUCUUCUUGAUGCUGAAAACCAACUGGGGAAUGAUGGCAUCACCAAGUCUCGGAUUCAAAGUCCGGAAUACGCUAAGGUUAGUGUUCCUGUGGCUGCUGGUGCCGGUGACACGAACAUUUGUGGAGGUAUCAUUCAGUUGUACUGGAGUCUCAUCUUGGAAAGAUGUUUGGAUGUAAUUGACCAAGUUCGUGAAUCCGCUCUUAAGAUUGUUGAAAUUGUUCUUCGUCAAGGUCUGGUUCAUCCUAUGACAAGUGUUCCUUGUCUUAUAGCCUUAGAGAGUGAUCCACUAGAGGUGAACUCAAAGUUGGCUCAUCAGUUGCUUAUGAAUAUGAAUGAGAAGUAUCCUUCAUUUUUUGAGUGCCGUUUAGGUGAUGGCCUCCAGAUGUCAUUUAAGUUUAUUCAAUCUAUUGCUAAGAACGUGGGAUCAAAUAAUGCAAGAGGAAAAUUUGAUGCUGUUGUUAUUGCUCACAUCAGGCAGGGGAUAUCAAGAAUAUAUCGGCUUAUUCGAGGCAAUCGUAUUUCAAGAAACAAAUUCAUGCACUCAAUUGUGAGAAAGUUUGAGUCUGGAUAUGGGUAUAUCCCAUCUGUAUCAUUUCUCCUAUACUGUACAGAAAUUCUUGCGACUCUCCCAUUUACAACUCCGGAUGAACCUCUUUAUUUGAUUUAUGAUAUUAACCGUGUAAUUCAACUAAGAGCUGGGGCAAUUGAAGUGAACAUGAAAAUGUGGAGUUCCUUAGGGCAGCAGAGUGCUUCUAUUGAAGUUCCUGAUGCAAGGAAUGAGCUGAACGAGGACUCUGAAGAGCACAAUAUCUCUAAGAAGCAUCUGGCAUCAUCCAUGGAAAACACUAGUGUUCCUACAGCAGAAACCCUGCAAAAGUUUCAGGUUGAUUGGCAAGAUUCAACAGCCCUGCAGUUACUUUUAAAGCUAAAAAGACACUUAAAAAUUAUGUAUGGACUGAAUGAUGCCAGGUGUCAGGCUUUCUCUUUGAAGGAGCAUCCAAAGGCUGGUGAGUCUCUUGCCAGGCAAAACAUUGCUUUCAGUGCCAGUGAUGUUUCUACUAGUUUGCCCAGCAACUAUGACGACAUGGUUCAGAAGUACCAGGAACUGAAGACAGCACUAAAGGAAGAUACCAUGGAUUAUGCGACAUACACAUCUAGUGUAAAGAGGAAGCGCCCCCCAGCUCCAGCCCCAGCACCAUCUCUGGCCCCGGCUCCAUCCCCCGCCCCGGCUCCAACUCCAGUCACUAGAAGCUCUAGAAAAACUAUCCAAAACAGAGCAGCACGUAAGAAGGAUGAUGAUGACGACGACGACGAUGAUAAUGACGACGACAAUGAUGAUGAUUUCAGUGAUGAGGAAUGGACGGGUGGGCCCCGGAAGCUCGACUACAACGGUGUAAAUGGCAGCGUAGGUCGGGUAACCAGGCAACGGGCUUUGAUGUGUAGCAACUGAUUAUAAUAGCUGAAUGUACAUUUUAUUAGGAAAGAAGGAAAAAAAAAAAAAAGAGAGAAAAAUUGUUGAUGGGGGUAAGAAUAUUGUCACAUAGAAGUGGUUUAUUCUUUGUAGUUAGUCUCUAAUUUUGGUGGAGCACUUUAGUCACCUGCAUUUGUUUUCCAGGGACUAUCUUGGUUGUAUAUGUUUCAUGCUCCAUUUUCAAUUUCAAUGAAAAUGCUUUUUCUAUGCUUAUCAUAAUAGAAUUUAAUUCUGUAUUUUAGAUUUGACUGGUUCAUAAAGGAACUAAGGCCUCCAUUGUUUCGGC